UUAAUGUCAAAAUAAAAAUUUUUCAUUUCAGGCUGAAUUUAAAGAGACUUGUGUUGAGGUUAGAAUUUGACAAAAUGGCUGUGGACGAGAAAGUUCCCCUUGCAGUUCGCUCAAACCUUGGAGUUGAACUUUGGAGUGCUACAGAUUUAAAAUGUCCUUAUCAACAAGAUAUUCGAUUUCCACGAGAAGAAACAAAGAAUUGCCGAAAUAUGGUGUUUAGUCCUGAUGGAGCUUAUUUUGCCUACACAAAUGGAAGCGCAGUAAAAAUUGUUGACACUUCUACUUGGCAAGCAAAAUGGGUUUUGCCUCGUCCAAAAGCCUUUUAUUUAAAAUUCUCCCCUCGUGGCAAGUACUUAUGUUCAUGGGAGCAGUAUAGUAUAACAAAGGAUACACCAGAGGGCACUCCGAAUUUGUUCGUGUAUAGCUGCGAAACCGGUGAAGCUGUUUUUUCUUCCGUACAAAAAAAACAAACUGACUGGGAGCCUGGAUGGUCUUCUGAUGAAACCUUAUUUGCAUUAAUGGUUGGAGGUGAAGCGCUAUUUUAUGAGUUAGACAAAGGAAUUGAAGGAUUCGAACGGUUUGCAAAAAAAUUAGGGGGUGGUAGUCGUGGUAUUUUAUCUAUUGCGCCAGGUCAUACUCCUCCAAACGUACUUUUUUAUACUCCCGGAGCUAAAGGUGCUCCCUCCAUGUGCAAAAUAUAUAAAUAUCCGGCUUUACAGGCCCAACAGAAUAUUGCUUGCAAAAGUUUUUAUCAGGCUGAUCGCGUUGAAAUAAUGUGGAACAAAAGGGGCACCGGAGUUUUGUUGCUAACAAGUACAGAAGUGGAUCAGUCUGGCGCUUCUUAUUAUGGAAAACAGGCCUUACAUUUCAUGACAAUUAAAGGAGAGUCCUGCUCAGUUCCUCUUUCCAAAGACGGUCCACUUCAUGCUGUACAAUGGAGUCCAAAAUCAAACGAGUUUGUCGUAGUAUACGGAUUUAUGCCGGCAAAAGCAGCAUUAUUCAACUUAAAAUGUGAUAUGAUUUUUGAUUUUGGCGAUUCCAAUAGAAAUUCAGCAUACUUCAAUCCAUUUGGAAAUCUGCUUUUAUUAGCUGGAUUUGGAAAUUUGCGAGGAUAUGUUGAGGUUUGGGAUGUAAAUAAAAGAAUCAAAAUAUCUGAGUUAAUGGCUCCAGAUUCCACAUAUUUGGAGUGGUGUCCUUCUGGAGAUAUUUUUGUUACCGCAACAACUGCACCCCGUUUAAGAAUUGGAAAUGGUUUUAAAGUGUGGCACUAUUCUGGUGCUCUUCUUCAUGAAACCUUGUGGCCACAAGGGCAGGAGUUAUUGGGUGUUGAAUGGCAGAAAUUUGGUGAUAACGUUUUUACGGAACCUGCAAUAACGAACGUCAAAAUCGAAGGUAUAAAAUCUAGUCAACCAGAAGCUUCAAAGCAAGUAUAUCAGCCACCAAAUGUACGGUUAAUGCUGGAGGGAAAAUCAAGUGAUUCAGUUCCUCAGCCUUCAAUAAUACCGGGAUUAACUUUAGGUACAACAACUAAGAAAAAUCAGUCAAAUUCUAAUCGACAACGCAAGCAUUCUAAGAAUCAAAGACGUGAUAGCGCUACUAACAAAAAUGAAAACUGUAACACAGAUAUUCAAUCACAACCAACACAGGAUCAACAGCAAAAUCAGAACAAUUUGCAAAAUCAACAAAGAAGAAGGUCUUCAGCGGCUAAUACACAAUAUCAACGUAGAAGGCAAUCUACAAAAAGUGUUAGUAUUAAUGAAGUUACUUCAAAUGGCUCAUCAACAACGGUUUCUAAUGACAAAAAUAAUGAGAACAACCUAAGUACUGGAAGCGGCAAUAAUGUUAACAACAAUAAUAAUAAUAAUAAUGGUGGCCAACAAACUAGAAGAAUACAUCGUAGAUCUCACCAUAACUCUGUUUCAUGUACGGGUGACCCAGAAAAAGAUAAAAGAAUAAAAACUUUGUAUAAAAAAUUGUCUGAUAUUUCAAAGCUGAAAAUAAAACAAAGCAAGGGUGAACAUUUAGAAGCGAAUCAGUUAACAAAAAUUGCUGCGGAAACUGCUAUUGUUGAGGAAUUGAGAGCGCUUAAAAUUUCAUCGUAAGAUUUUUUUAUAGCAUUUACAUAAGACAAAUACAAAAUUAUUUCGAAAAAG